GAUUCCUUGAAAUCGACAAAAGUAAGAGACACAGUAGUCCUCGCGUCCAUCGACCGGCUCUCUGCUUGCAUUAGUGAACGGAAGCUAGUUCCAACAGUUCAAUGCCAGGUACAUAGUAUGCAGUUAGUGCGGGUUUCAAGGAAGAGAGUCCUGCGAGGUCUUAGAAGCGCGGAAAGUAGGGAAAGCAUGAGAACCAAUGGAAAUUUUAAAGGAGCCCUGGGAAAUUCAAAUGGUGGAGAUCAUUGUGUUUUUUGCAUCAAUCGCUUAUGCGUUUGUAAUCCAACAUGUUUCGGCCCCCUUUAUGGUAAUAAUGAACUUCUACACUGGUAUCUCUGUAAUCGACCUCAACAUAACUAAUUUCAUUUUCUUUUGACACAUUAAGCCCUGCCAGGUGGAAAAGUGUGACAGCGCUUGUGACUCUAUCAACACGGACCAAGCAGAAACUUUCAGCCCUGUGCCUGCGAAAAAUACUCCUAGGAGGAUUAGAUUUCCUGUCAGCGACACAUCUAAGUCUAUAGGAGCCAGUCUUGUGGUUGGAAAAGUGGGCAAGUGGCUUUCGAGCCAAAAUUGA